UCCAAAGGAGGCUGUCAGGCUGAGUUCAGGGAAAACACAGAGUUUCCGAUCUGUCAAUCAUAAUUAGCAACCACAGGGAGUGAAACUGGGAGGAAGGUCGGUGAAACGCUACGUUUUUGGGUGAAAAGGCAUUGUACUUCCCGUGAAACAAUUAUGCUUCGGAAAGGAGAGGGAAAUAAGUAUCCUAGUGUGCUUAAAAAUAUUUGAUCUACUUUGGAAGGAAUUGCAUAAAAGCGCGUUCACUGAAAGCCAAACUCGGCGAGUUUCACUUGCAAGCAACUAUUCUGCUUGGAGUACGAAACAUAUCCAGAAGAAGGUAACCACGGACGCACGACACUUUGGGAUUUAAUUUGGCUAUUUAACACACUUCUUGACAAAAGUGGUUGACACAUUUCAGAGGACUGUCUUAAAGUCGCUGUUGGUGACUCGCAGCUCAGACUAGGAGGUGUGACGGUUCACUCAAAACAAUCUCGGCCCAAACAUCCAGACGGCGAGGAAGAAAGGAGGAAAGAUGAGCGGGGGAGAUGUGGUGUGCUCGGGCUGGUUAAGAAAAUCUCCUCCAGAAAAAAAGUUGAGACGUUACGCAUGGAAGAAGCGGUGGUUUGUUCUCCGCAGCGGCCGUCUCUCGGGCGACCCAGACGUGUUGGAGUACUACAAGAAUGAUCACGCCAAGAAGCCCAUCCGCGUGAUCGACCUCAACCUGUGUGAACAGGUGGACGCAGGGCUCACGUUCAACAAGAAGGACCUGGAGCACAGCUUCAUCUUCGACAUCAAGACCAUCGACCGCGUCUUCUACCUGGUGGCCGACACGGAGGACGACAUGAACAAGUGGGUCCGCUACAUCUGUGACAUCUGCGGCUUCAACCCCACGGACGACGAAGCGGCAAAGGCUGCCCACCAAGCGGCCAGCGGUGGCUCUGUGGUGGACACGCCCCCUCACCCUGGCCUGGGGGGUCCUCCGGCCAUGCUGACCAACGUGCCCCCUCCCUACCAGCCGGUCAGCGUGCGCCACCUGGACUCGGAGUCCAGCUUGGACGAACCCCAGGACUACCUGUGGCUGGUCAACUGUGAGAGCAAGAAGCCAGAGCCCAACAGAGCCCACGCCGAGUGUUCCAAGUCAACCUCGUCAGAGACGGACCUGAACGACAACGUCCCCGCCCACCGCACACCAACCUCCACUAGCUCCUCCUCUAAGCACGCCAACGGCUUCUUCUCCUCUGUCCUGCCCCCUCACCCCUCCUCCGCCUCCUCCAUCUAUGACUCUCCGCCUUCCCGCGGAGGCGACCUCUCUUCCAGCCUCUACCACCUCCCCCGCUCCUACUCCCAGGACACUGUGCUCCUUCCCAAGUCGGCCUCCGCCUCCUCGCCCCCUGUCCCGGUCGAAGGCGACGCCCCAGAGCUCUACGUCUUCAACACGCCCUCGCGGAAGCCCUCCAUGGAGACUCAGAUGAGGAACCUGUCGGUUAGCUACGAUAUUCCUCCCACCCCAGGCAGUAACUGUACCUAUCAGGUGCCUCGAGGUCCAGCGAGUGGUGGGUCUGAGGGUGGGGAUGGGAUGCCUCCACCCCGGCCCCCCAAGCCUUCCCUCAGUUCCCUGACCCCGGGGCACCCGCCGCCCCCCGCGGAGCGCUCGCCCACGGACACGUACUGUGUGCCGCGCUCCAUGUCAGAGACGGAUGGGAACUACUGCAUACCCACCAGCGCCGGGAACAAGGCCCUGAGGAGCAACACCAUCGGCACCAUGGACUCAUCACGCCUCAGGAAAGAUUUGGGCUCCCAGGACUGUUACGAUAUCCCUAGGACGUUUCCCUCUGACAAGAGCUGCUCGUUUGACUUCAACGAAAGCUUCAACAGCUACUUGCCUGCCUCUCUCUCUGCCCCCCCGCCCCUCCAGAAAAACAAAGGCAUGAUGCCAGUGGGCAGCCAGUCCAUGGAGGAAGUUGACCAGAACUACGUACCCAUGAGCGCCAACUCCCCAUCCCACCACCGCUCCGGCAGCCUGUCGGGCUGUGAACCCAUCAUGGAACCCAACUAUGUCCCCAUGACCCCGGGCCCGGGCACCUUAGAGUUCUCCCUGGGCAAGCAGGUUCCCCCGCCGGCCCACAUGGGGUUUCGCUCAAGCCCCAAUACCCCACCCCGCAGGCCCAUGCUCAUCAGCGAUUGUCAGCCCCCGCCCGUGGACCGCAACCUCAAACCGGACCGCAAAGGUCAGAGUCCUAAAAUAAUAAGAGCAAAGGGGGUUGGUUUAGAGCGAACCGACUCUCAGACCGUAGGGGAGUUCCCAAGACGACGCAAGGCCAAGCCCGCCCCUUUGGAGAUCAAGCCCCUACCUGAGUGGGAGGAGUCAUCGGCGCCCGUCCGCUCGCCUGUCACCAGGUCUUUUGCUCGGGAUCCCUCCAGGUUCCCCAUGCCCCCCAGGCCUCCCUCGGUGCAUAGCACCGCCUCCAGCACCGACUCCGAGGACUGUGAUGAGAAUUAUGUAGCCAUGGUCUCUAAGGCAGACGAACUCAACAUGAAGCUGGGUGCGUCCAUGACGGCGGACGGGGGGAGCAGUCCAAUGGUGAAGCCCAAGGGAGACAAGCAGGUGGAGUACCUGGACCUAGACCUGGACCCUGGCAAGUCUACCCCACCACGGAAGAAGAAGAGUAAUGGGAUUGGUCUGGCGGUGUCAGAUGAGCGGGUGGACUACGUGGUGGUGGACCAGCAGCGGACGCAGGCCCUCAAGAGCACCCGGGAGGCCUGGAACGAUGGACGUCAGUCCACAGAGACAGACACCUCCACCAAAGGGCCCAAGUGACCCCCAGCUCACCCAGCUAUAGCCCCACGCUGCUGGGCCGCAGACAUUAAUCUAAGCCCUGGCCCCGGCCUUCACCUCCUCCAGACUCCUAGUGUCGAAGUGAAGGGGCCGGCGGACCUCCAGGGCCGCUGAACUGUCUUUAGUUUACACUGCCAUCAGUCAGUCUGAGGACAGAACAGCGACAGCACAGCGCCCCUCUGUGGCAGACAGGGGGUAUGUGCCAGGAAUAAGCUGAAUGCAGUAUGGAUGCAAGUAGGUUUGAUUGAUGUGUCAGUCCUCACCUGCCUGAUAUGGGGACUCUGUAAAGACAUUACCACAUCCACAAAGACUUGGAGUCUGGAACACUUACUGCCACUUAUGGUGGAUUUCAGUUGAGAUUUUUCCUCUAGUUGGUUGGAGAAUGACCAGGAGAAGACUUAAAGACAUUUCCUUUAUGAUUAAAUCACAACACUGUGGGACACUGUCUGGAGUCUGUUUUGGGAGAGAAUGAGUCAUCUCUCAUUCAGAAUGCUUAGUGUCUACUUAAUACUUUACUGCCAAGGUUGCCUAGUUUUGCUGGUAGGAAAUUGGGCCAUUUUUCUCUUGUACAGGUCUAAUAUUAUCCAAAACAUUGUAAGAGAGAACCAGGUUUUCUUAGUGAAAAACAGAUAGAAUACAAGUAACUUUUUCUGAAACGCAACUGACCAAGUGCUCAAUCAAAGGUUUGGAUUCACUGAAACGUCAUUUAAUCGACUGAGAAAUGAUUCUCUUCCUCGUUUAGUUUUUAGUGGAAGAGGAAACGGCUUGACAUUUGCAAAACAAAAAGAGUUGUACAAAGUGUUAUGUAUAUAAACAGAAAGUGUCCUUUAUUCAACACUAUAUACGGUGUGUGGUAAUUCUGCAGGGUGGAAUUCUAUACGCUCUCCGAGAUGGUAUCGGGACAUGUGAUAUGAAAUGACAGAAUCAACUGUGACGGCUUUUAACGGGAAGCUCCCCGACACUUUCUGUGAGUUAUGCAAAGGUGUCAAACGUAGGUUUAUAGGAGAGAGAAAUCAGGUACUCAUUCAAAUACUAAUAACAGCUAUUUCCAUUUCUAAUUUAUUUUAUCUCAACGAUGGAUGUCCAAGUAAUCUAUAAACGGACAGAUUUGAUGCUAUAGAGCAAAGUGCUGUUGAAAAAUGCCUUCUCAACGAGCACCAGUCAACUUGUUUCAGGAGUUUGUGAUGGCGUGUCGAUUUCAUUCUCUCUUAGGUUUUAAUUUAUUUCAAAAGGAUUUACACACACACACCGUUCUGGGGUCUGAUGUAUGUAUGCCUUACGAUCUACUUUACUUGAUAUGUCUUUGUAAAUAGUGAGAAAUUGUGAUGUUUUACCUAAAAAGAAAAUACUUCAGAAUCGUAGUGUUUUUUUUUUUCAUGACGACUAUUGGCUUUAUUAACUUUCCAGGGACCCUAUUCACUGUCUGAGUAGGAGUGCAGAAGCCGCUUUCCCGAAAGCAUCUUAAGGCUAAAUUCAUUGUUAGAACCAUAGGAUCCUACGGUUCUAAUGAUGAACUUAGCCUUGAGAUAGUUUUGGGAACCCGGCCCUGGUUUAGGAUCAGGUCUCCACUGUUCAUGUAAUCUUAGUCAUUGUAAAAGGCAAACAACUGAUUCUAGAUCAGCACUCUUACGCUGAGAUUCUUCAUGAAUACAGGCCCAUUUCUCUCUCUUAGUCCUAAGCAUGUUUUACCAGGAGAAUUAGUCUUUGCUGUAUAUAUUUGCACCAACUAUUCCAGCAUGUAUCAUUUGAAUUGAAAAACUGUGCCUGUACUGUCAUUUCCAUACUACUUAAUUCUCACCAUCCCAUUGCAGGGUUGUCUUGUCUCGAGACCAACUGCAAAACGUUGAUGCUUUAUCUUUUUUUUAUGAAUCAAAAGAGAAACAUUUCCAUUUGAAAGUAAACUAAAUAAAACAA